GGGUCGCGGGGCGGCUCCCACAUGGGUGCGGGACCCCAGCGGUUGGCCGGAGGGACCCGCGGAGUCCCGCGGAGGGCGCGCGGGGUCCGAGCCGCCGGCUUACCCGGGCUGUGCCCCCCGAGCCUGGCAUUCCCUUCGCCACAAACCGCCCCUUGACUAAAGCGUUCGGUGGGCUCCCGCGCGUCCGCCUGCCCCGGGCCUGGGCUGGCCGCCGGACUCGCGGCGGAAACGACGCCGACCUGGGGCGCUUGCGUUCUGAGCGGACAAGAACGAAUAAGAUGGCAAAACAGAAGAGAAAAGUUACCGAAAUGACAGAGAAAAAGAACAAAAAAUUGAAGAAGGCAUCCACAGAAGAGACCCUGCUGGCACCUCAAGCCGUGUCGGGCACCGAGCAAGCACACCCCGAGGGAGAAGCAGUGUUGGGGGCCAGGCAGGAGCCGGCCCCCCAGCUGCCCGCACUGACCCCGGAAGAGAAGAGGGUCCUGGAGAGGAAGCUGAAGAAGGAGCGGAGGAAAGAGGAGAGGAAGUGGCUGCGGGAGUCAGGAGCAGCCCAGAGCCUGCCGGCCAAGCGCUCCGGGGCCCAGCUGGCUCUGGACUACCUCUGUGGCUGGGCCGAGAAGCACGAGAACUGGAGAUUUCAGAAGACGAGGCAGACUUGGCUGCUGAUGCAUAUGUACGACAGUGACCAGGUUCCCGACGCGCUCUUCUCCACCCUGCUGGCCUACCUGGAGGGGCUCAGGGGCCGCGCCCGGGAGCUGACGGUGCAGAAGGCGGAAGCCCUGAUGCAGGAGGUGGACAAGGCCAGUGGCGCGGAGCCCCUCCCACUGGGGAAGACCCAGCGCAUCCGGCGGGUGCUGCAGCUUCUCUCCUAGGGGCCCAGCAGGCCGCUGCUGCCGCCCAAGACCCAGCGGCGGGGCCCCAACGAGGGGCAGGCGGGGCUACCAGCAGGUCAGCGGCCAGUGGGCCUGUGGCGCCUGACCCUUGGAAGAACUGACUGUGGCCAGACUGUUCACAGAUCGUGACGUGUCUUCAUCCCUUUACAGCAGAAAGUGGCCACUGUGACAUAGCCUCCUGGCCUCCCAGUGGCCCUCAAGCCCCCGGGGAGCUUGCUUAUUGAGAGAAAGGUCUAUUUUUCUACAGGGACUGUUGUAGAGAUUGACCAGAACCAGCCCUUCCCUCCAGCUGUGGUCCGUCUCCGGUGGGGGGUGAGGGGGGCCCCUCUGGUGCCGACCACCUGCAUCUGGGUCACCUGCCUGCGUUCCCUGGUGGGUCCAGGCCGUGGCUCGCCCAUCCCUCACCUCCCUCCUGGGGCCUAGCUGGCCAGUCCCCGGGAAAACCUGGCUGCAUUUUCAAUAAAACCGGCCUGUGUCGGCCGUGGCCCUUGC